UGUGUGUGUGGAGGGUAUAAGGGGCAUUUUUUGUCCUGGUACUGGAUUGGGUUAUAGCCACCUUGUUGGUUUUGUCACUGACUGAACUUUGUGACUUUGUGGGACUGUUGUGUUGAAGGAGGGUUUGAGCUGCUGAACAAUGGGGCAGCAACAUCAGGAGGAGUGUGACACUGCUCCCCCCCCCAAAAAAAAAGAAAGAAGGGGGGGCAAAGGCCAGCUGUGGAAGGUCCAGAUGUGCACGUUGAUCCGACUCGGACAAAACAAGACGAUCACAUUUGAUCGGGCAGCGUUUGUUUUAUUCUGAAAAUGCGACACACAUACCUGCCACUGACACAGCGACAGCCCAAAAAAAGCCGCAGGCGCUACAAUGCUAAUGUUGUCGGGGGCUUUGACUUCUCCCAGCCAUUGCAAAGACGCUGCUCCGUGUGACAGCCACGGCGCCGCUCUUCCCCCGGUGUGUUCGCUAUAAGCCCCCUCUCCACAUUUUUGCAGGUGUGUUGGAGGAAGAAAAAAAAGACAGAAAGAAGAGCCAACCUCGUCACAUCUGUUAACCUUUAGAAAAAAAAAAAAGAAGAAAAAAAAAAAAAAAGGAAAAAGUCAGCGCGGUAAUGGACGAAACGGAUAUCAUGGACUUAACGCAUCAGAAAGCGAGAAAGCGACCGCGUCCAAUCAGUUCUGCGGAUGAGUCCGUGCACGCUUCCCUCAAACGGCUCCCGAUCCGAGCGGCGGAGUGCAGGGAGCCCUCACUGAUGUUCGCAGUCAGAGGAGAGCCUGUUCCCGCAGCGUCUCUCAAGCAAAAUGACCAUUCGGUGACUUCUUCUCCAACCACAGUGAUGCCGGCGCAGGAUAAUCGCUCCAGCAUGUCCAGGCCCAUGAUCACACGGUCACCAGUGUCUCCCUUGAGUAACCAGGGCAUCCCCACACCUGCACAGCUCACCAAGUCCAACGCCCCUGUGCACAUCGAUGUGGGCGGACACAUGUACACCAGCAGUUUGGCCACCUUAACAAAAUUCCCAGAGUCCCGAAUUGGCCGUCUCUUUGAUGGCACAGAGCCUAUAGUCCUGGACAGCCUGAAGCAGCACUACUUCAUUGACAGGGAUGGACACAUGUUCCGCUACAUCCUCAACUUCCUCAGGACGUCCAAGCUCCUCAUCCCAGAUGACUUCAAAGACUACAGUCUGCUGUAUGAGGAGGCGCGGUACUUCCAGCUGCAGCCCAUGCUUGCGGAGCUGGAGCGCUGGCGUCAGGACCAGGAGCUGGGCCGGGUGUCACGUCCCUGCGAGUGCUUGGUGGUGCGUGUUGCGCCCGACCUGGGCGAGAGGAUCACGCUCAGCGGCGACAAGGCUCUGAUCGAAGACGUGUUUCCGGAGAUUGGUGAUGUCAUGUGUAACUCUGUCAAUGCCGGAUGGAACCAUGACUCCACGCACGUCAUCCGCUUCCCGCUCAAUGGGUACUGCCACCUCAACUCUGUCCAGGUUCUAGAGCGUCUCCAACAACGUGGCUUCGAGAUUGCCGGCUCCUGCGGUGGAGGCGUGGACUCAUCCCAAUUCAGCGAGUACGUCCUGAGGAGGGAACUGAGGAGGACAGGUCAGCGAGGACCCAAUUCAAACAGGAUAAAGCAGGAGCAGCUGGACUAGAAUCCUCCCGAGCAGCAGGAGGUGCUAGACUUUUCUGCGGCAGCCAAACGCUCUAUGCUGCAGAGCUCUGUGGACUCUGUUUUUCUUCGUUUCCUUGUUGAUGUUUUGUUUUCUUAAACUUGAGAACCAUCUAGAGAAUAAAAAAGAGGUGCAACAGGAGAUUUUUGCCAUAAGAAGAUACAAGACAUUUGAUAAGUUUGAGAUUGCAAGGACAUUUGUGAUUGUCUAGCCCCCAUAAACCAAUUUAAAAAGGAUUUAUAUAUGCUGGAUCCCCAAACAAAGUUUGUUUUAAAACUUGGAGCCUACAUUAGGUUGAAUAUGAUUUCUAUUAUACCCAUAUAAAUUAAAAAGGCUUUUAUCGCUUAUGUAGUAUGUUGCAUAGCUUGUCACCAGUGACUUGAUUUUGUUGUCUCACUGGCCAAUUGGCUACGUCUGUUUUUAUCCCUCGCUGUAAAAAGGUCACAAAUGUGUUGCAUACAGUACAGAAUGUCUCAGUUGUCAUAAACAAUUAGUUUCAACAAAGCAUCUUUUUUUUUUUUUUUUUUUUUUUUUUUUACAAUUAACAUGAUGUUGAAUAUUGUGAUACAAAUGAAGUGUUGUUUUUUUUUGUUGUUUUUUUUACCUUAAUGGAAGUUCUUUUAUUGGAUUACGCCAUAAAAUAUAGUUGACAUUAGUAUCAUCAAAAAUUUUACAUCAAAGACCAUUCUAUAAGCAGUAAAGAAAAUAAUUUAGUAAAUUAUUAUGUCACACCAUUUGCCUCAUUGGGGAGUAUGAACUACUAACCCCCAUGUGCUACCUUGGGAAUUAUUUAAUUGGAUCAUAAUAUUCCUCUGAGUGAUGACCUGUAAAGUUUUUCAUUGUAUAUGUGUUUGUGUUUUUUACAUUGAAUCUUUUUCAAGCAAAUUUGUUGCCUCAGACAUGACUGAACAGAUUAAAAGCUUAUUGUACUACCCACUCCAAGAUCACUUUUACUUGUAGCACAUAUUGAUAUGAAGUUGAAUAUAAAGUAUUUCUAAGACGACUGACCCACCUACGCUCCCUAGAUUUGAGUUAAGAGGAAUGUAGCAAAAAAUGUGAAAUAAAUCUCAACUAAAGUUGU